AUGAAGAAGAGACGCAGAGGGUGGAGCGCACGCCUGCUGACAGUUGUUCAGAUCCACCCCAAACCCAGCCUGGGGGACUGCAGGCCUGGGGGACAGGCCCAGCCUCCGAGCGUGCAACUCUGCCUUUCAGGCAGCAGAGGGCGGAAGACCAAGCGAUCACCAUCGGCAAAGAGAACAUCCAGGCCUCCACAGAAGCCUCAAAGACUGUUCACGCAAGACCCAGGACAGGAGCAGACCGGCAGAACCCAGAAGGGAAGGUUGCAACAAUGUGCUACCUUCCUGACCCAGAAGGAACCAGCUGCCGCCUUGGCCACAGGGGCUGAGCAGGCUUCCCAGAGGACCAGACAGUUCAAGGGCCUUGAGGCCACCCACACAGUACAGUCAGACCCUCAGACCCGGUCUCAGAGAGGCAGCUCUGCAGACAAGAACCUGCUUCCCCUGACAGCACGGCAGCUGGCAGCAUUCCAGGAUGUCUUCAAACUGUUCAGCUCCAGCCCAACAGGCUCUGUGGACAUGCGCAGUAUGAAAGCUGCCCUGUGCAGUGUGGGUGUCCAGCUGAGCCCUCAGGAGAUGUGUGAGGCUCUGAGGCAGGCGGACUUGGAUGGUGAUGGAACCGUAAGCUUCAAAGACUUCCUGGGUGUCCUCACUGACAGCCACCACCUGGCUCAGUGCUUGGGCAAGGUGAGGAACAGCUGGGCCUAUGACCCCCAGGGCUUGCAAACCCUCUUCUUAGAGAUGCUGUUCAAGCUGAUGAGUCUGGGCUAUGUGCCCUUCAAGUCGGUACGGGAGGUGAUGAGCUACUACUCCAAGAAGCAGCGGUCUCUGCGGCUCAACGCAAGCUGGAAAGGUCGGUCCCGCAGCCACGGCCGCAGCGGGCGCUCUCACGCGGGCCUCGCGUUCUUCUGCCAGGCUGCGCGCCUCAUCGGCCUCUCCAAUGCCGAGCUGGCGCGUUCGCUGCACGGACUGCACAAAGCGGGAGCGUGCAGCCCCUACUCCCAGAUACCUAGCCUGAACGGGGGGACGCAGCCAGAAUCCCACACGCAGAGCCGAACUCCGCGCCCAGACGUCCGACUUCCCAAGUCGUACCAGCCCAGUCGCCCCAAGCACGCGCCCAAGAGCGGGCGGCUCAGCCAAGGGUUCGCCAGCCAGCUACUAGGGUGUAUGUGCCCUUCGAAACUGGCUCCCUCUCCCCCAACUCUGAUCCAGAAGCAACCCUUCUCCCCCUCUCCGGCCUAUUUGCAGAGACCUGCUACGAAGAAAUUGUACAAAUACAAAUAAAGUGUUUGCUGAGCGAAACAGGCAGCUCGUAGUGGGGGCGGGCAUG